AUGAGUUCAACAGCAACCAAGAGUGGAUUAGUCAUCAUCUUUCUCUCCAUGACAGGUAAUAAUCUUUCUGUUCUUCAAAUCCAGAGAGAAAGCGAGAUGGAGAGAAAAAAGAAUUACCAAAUAAAACAUAUUUACAGCUUUAAUUCCAGUAAUGUUAGUAAUGUUUGUGGGGCAGCAGGAAAAGCAGGGUUUGACAAAAAUAACUACUUGUUAAGAGGAUGAAUGGGGAACAGCGAUAAUGUUAAGGAAAGCAUCACAAGCAAUGAUUAAGAGGAAGUAAAGAAGCUCAGGACCCCUCUAGGUAGAUGUAGUGUUGGUAUCUUUGAAGUAAAGUAAAAUUUUAUUCAGUAGAAAGACUGUACUGGUCAAAGCCUAUGGUGGCAUAACUGAGAGCAGGUCAAUUCAUCAAAAAUGAAAGUUUUAAACCUGCUUUUCAAAGUACAGGGAUAUCCUCUAAUCUGGACUUGAGUCCACAAUCUCCACCAUCCAUAGACUUUAAGGUAAUACACACAGACACUCUGUAAAUGCAAUGUUCUAGUGUGGUUGGAGGAAACUACAAUAAGGAGUGGAGUUUUAAAUAGUAUUCUUCAUUUUAUGGAAAGCACAGAGAAUGAACUGAAAGGGAGCACAGUAAAUAUAUAGCCUUUUUUUCCUUUUGGAGAAAAAAGGCAGAAAACUUCUGGAGAACCAGGAGAAUCUUAAGAGACAGGUAAGGACAAGGGGAUAGUGACGGGCGACAACAAUGGAUAGCACAUAAAUGACUCAUCCUUAUUAACAGAUCCAGCAGAAAAAAUGCAUAAUCUGGAUUGCACAAUCCUCCCACAGAACUGGAUUUUAGUAUCAAAGGGUUCUGUCAGAUCUGCAGUGAUGCAUACCACAUAACCCCAGUUUGGUUCUAACAACAGUCUAUUAAAGGAUAUCUGGUAGUUGCUCUAAGAAGCUACAUCAAAGUCACAUGAUAUCUAGCAGGUUGAGUGAGAAUGCAUGGACUCUACAGUAUGAUCUCCAGACAGGAUGGGCUUGUCUGAGUUCUUUUCUCUGAUACCAUUUUCAGAAAAAGUCAUGGUUGUGAUUCUAGUUUUCUAAUGUGCUUUGUGUUGCAGUGGUACAAGGUCAGCAGGACUGGGGAGUGACUUACUCCUCUACUCAGAUCUGUGCCUUGAAAGGAAUGACUGUGGAUAUACCCUGCACUUACAUACAUCCACCCAACUGGGGUGAGCAUCAUGCUGUGCCUGUGGGCAUUCUUUGGUUUACACGAAUGAAUGGAAGUAACCCAGUGGAUCUGAGAUCAGAACCAGACUACACUGGUCGUGUUGAGUAUCAUUUUCAUGAGAACGGCUGCACUUUGAGGAUCACAGACCUGACAGAGAGCGACGCAGCUGAGUACAAGAUCAGGCUGAUUAUGAACCACCAAGAUGAUAGUGUAACUGAGUCACCAGGAGUCACUUUGUCUGUCACAGGUAAUUGACUCUUUCUUUGGAUCUGGAUCCAAGAGGUAUACUUGCUCACUUUAAGUGUGAACUUGCUGGUUUAGAAACUUGAUUGAGAUGCUGUAGUCAAACAAACAUGAUUACGAAUUGGAGCUGUCUUCUCUCAGCUUAUUGACCACUUUUUAUUACAUCACCAAAACUUCCUUUUUGCAAUAAAACCAGCUCUGUUUAUUGAAUUAUGCUGUCACCUGAUUGGAGGUUGUAUUUCUGCUCAUUCUUGACUGAUUCAGAUCUACACGUGACAGUGAUUAACUCAACAGAAGACCGAGCAGAGCUCAAGUGUCACAGCAGUUGUCACCCCGGCUCUGAUCAGCUUUCCUACAUCUGGUACAGGAAUGGACGCAUGAUUUCAAAAGAAACCGCAUCAGUUUCAGUGGACAUUUAUCCUGCAGAUAGUUUUGCCUGUGCUUUAAAAGGACAUGAAGAUUUCCAUUCUCCUGCUGUGUGUGAGUAUACACAACAGUCUACCACAAACAGAGUACCAGUGCGGUUAAUUGUAAGACUGGAUUUUCUAUCUUUUCUAAUGGAUUGUUGUUCCAGUUAUUUUUUUUCCAAAACGCCAUCUGAAGUCACUCCAACAACCUGUCAUGCAUUUCAUCUGUAAAAGUGUUGUUUCCACAGUUUUGUUCACUGAACUUUUUUCUUCCAGGUGUCAAAGGAGAAAACUGCAACAGAGUGACGUACACUGAUCGAAAAAUCUGUACAUUAGAAGGCUCCUCGGUUGACAUUUCUUGUACUUAUAACAGUUAUAGCGCAACUACAUCAAACUUCUGGUUUAGUCCAGAGCGCAGUAGCCACUGGAGGUUUCCUUCAAAUCCUGAGGACCUAAGAGAAGACUCUGAGUUUUCGGGUCGUGUUCAGGUUGUUGAAUCUGAGAGUGGACAUUCGACCCUGAGAAUCACUGACCUGAGGCUGACUGAUUCAGCUCAGUAUCACUUCAAAUUUAAAACAAACGGUCUUGAAUGGCACAGUGUUUUACCUGCUACAACUCUGACUGUCACAGGUACUAAAGGUUGUUUCUCUAACAAUACUGUAAACUUAUUUGCUCAUGACUUCAUGAUUUACACUUUUUAUGCUAUAUUUAUAUUUUACUCACUGAUUAAAAGACCCUUCAUCAAAAUCAUGUUUGGUUCUGACCCAAAUAUUCAGCUCUGCAGGUUCAGGUGAACACAGAGUCAGUCCACAGGACUUCAGACCACGCAGAGCUGAAGUGUCACAGCAGCUGCAGUCCAGCUGGUCACCAGUCUUACAUCUGGUUCAAGAAUGGAGAGAAAAUUCAGACAGAAACAGCUACUUUUUUGGUCCGCUUGGAUUCUGUGGACAGCUACGCCUGUGCUCUGAGAGGAUAUGAGGAUUUUCCCUCUCCUCCAGUCUGUAAGUUCAACGUACGCCCAGCUGCUGUUUUGUACAACAUUUUUUUUUUUUUACAGGUCUCCAUGUGAAAAAUGUAUUUUACUGAUAUAAAAUAUCUGUUUUUUUUUUUUAAUUGUAGGUAUUUAUGGUCAAUACUGCAACAAUGUGAUUUACAUGAUGAGAAGGAUCUGUGCCCCUGAAGGUUCAUCAGUGGACAUUUCAUGCUCAUACAACAGUUACUGGGGUCGUGCAUCAAAAUUCUGGUUUAGUCCUGAACGCAGUCACCAGUGGAAGACUGAAACGCAGCCUGAAGACUUAAGGAAGGACUCCAAGUAUGAAGGUCGUAUUGGGGUCUUAGAAGCUUGGGGAGGACAGUCCAUUCUGAGAAUCUCUGAACUGAGAGAGAGUGACUCGGCCGAGUAUCGCUUCAAGUUUAAAUCAAUGAGCUUUGAAUGGGGGAGCAGUUUACCUGGUACAAAUCUGACCGUCACAGGUACUGAAGAACACACCAAAUACAGCAGUACAUUUAGCCAACUUUUACCUCCUCUUAGUAAGAUUCCUUUCCCCGAGUGUUUUUUUGUGAUUAUUCAAAGUGUUUGCAUGAAAGUGUUUUCGGGUAAACACAAAUAAAAGUGCUUAUAACUCCAUUUGAAGCACUCUCACAGUUAUCCUUCUAUAUUCUGGAUGUCCAGCUCCGCAGGUGCAGGUAACUUCUGUAACAGUCAAAGAGGAUUAUACUGAAGCAACACUGAAGUGUCACAACAGCUGCACUAUAUCUGGUGGCAUUUCAUAUGUCUGGUUCAAGAAUGGAGAAAAAAUCCCAAAUGAGGAGAACUCCUCUCAUGCUGACUGGUUUUUGCCAGGACACUCCAUCUCCUGUGCUCUGAAAGGGCUUGAAGAGUAUGGCUACUCCACACUGUGUGAGUUUGCUCCGCUAUGGCCGCCUUCAGAGGGGUCAACCACAUUUAAUGGCUUGUCACAUUAGCUACUUAUUUUAUUAGUCAGUGAUUUUUUUCUCUACAGAUGCUCUGAAUGCUCCCUCAGUGUCAGCAAGUCCUCCUGGUGAAAUAACAGAGGGCAGCUCAGUCACUUUGAACUGUAGCAGUGAUGCUAACAUUAAAGCUACAUACACCUGGUACAAGAGGAACCAAGCACUGUCCUGUGAAAAACCACAGCUUAUUUUCACUUCCAUCCAGUCCUCUGACUCUGGAGAGUACCACUGUGCAGCUGAGAACGAGCUGGGGAGGAGAGCGUCCAAACCCAUCUCUGUUGAUGUCAAUUGUGAGUGAAAGACACUUAAAUGACUGAAAAUAUGUAUCUAUGAUUUGGGAAAACUGUCUUGUGGUCUGACAAAUCAGAAUUUGGCUUUCUCUUUGGAAAUCAUGGAUGCACCCCCAGUGGCAUGGGUAUACAUAAGAAAUGAGAGCAUGAGUAGCUUACCCAUCAGGGGAAGCAUCAUUGAUGGUAAAAAUCAGAAGAAGGUUUUGGAGGAACGUAGUACCACCCACCAUCUCGUAAAUUUCAGCAAGACAAUGCCAAAGCUCCUUAUACACAUAUAGAACAACAUGGCUCUGUGGUAGAAGAGUCCUGGUGUUAAACUAGUCCUAAACUGAUCUGCCUAGAUGUUAAAUCUGUUGAUUUCCUCCUCCAGAUCCUCCAAAGCUUCCCUCUGUGUCGGUGAGUCCCUCUGCUGAGAUAGAUGAGGGCAGUUCAGUGACUCUCACCUGCAGCAGCGAUGCUAACCCUGCAGCUAACUAUACCUGGUACAAGGAGAAUGAAAUCUUUCCACAAGCUUUAGGACAGACCUUCACCAUCACUGACUUUAGUGCCAGCAACAGUGGGAAUUAUUACUGUGAAGCUCAUAAUGGAAUAGGAUUUCACAACUCCACCUCAAUUCUGAUUGUUGUAUCAGGUAAGUUUCCAUGUCCUCUGAAUAUCAUCCAACAGGGAUGCAGAUUGAGGGAGAAUCUAUGAGCUGACAUUCCCAUCCCAUCAUUAGCAUUGAUUAUGUUUCAAUCCUCAGUAAGAAUAUUGAAGGAAAACCUCAUUUUCCAAGCUGGACAAACAUGUUUUCUCUGCAAAGAAAUAUCAUUUUAGGUGUGUCAAAUGUCCAUCUUUAAUUCUAGGGGACUCAAUAUUAAGAAUAAAUGUCAUCAGGUUGACUCUGUUGCCCUUGGUGCUGAUCCCUCUGCUCCUCCUGAUUCUGUGGUCCAGGUAAAACCAUGAAAAAUCAUCUGUCACCUUUCCUUUAUCUUCUUCACCACAUGCCUGAGUUUCAAUUUUUGACUUUUUCAAUGUUUAAAGUUAUUUGUUGUUUUUUUUUUAGGAAGAAAAAGACUCUGAGCUCCACUAGUGAGCCCGUUAAACCUGCAGAGAUGAUAGAGGUGAGACUUAAGGAGACGGCUGAUGAAGUACUCUGGAAGUGGUUAAGAAAUGGAGGGAGUUUAAGAUUGAAAUAAACCUUUGGGGGAAUUUUUAAGUAAAUCUAAAACAAGAUAAAACUAAUUACUAAACAAAAAUCUCAUCACUUGUCAUCAGUUAAACCCCAGUCCUAAGAGUGAGGACAUCUCAGCUGUCCCUUCAGCACAGGCAGAGGACACAGAGGAGCAGGAAGACAUUGUGUGA